GAGGUGGAUCUGUUUCAGAGCUCAACCUACCUCAUGGGAACAUCAGAGCCUCCUUAAGCUCACUUUUCUGGACUUGAGCAAUAACAACUUCACGGGGGCAAUACCAGUAGAGGUUGGGCAGUUGACACAACUCAGCUCUGUAAUGCUUGUGGUGAAAGGAUCUGAGCUUCCCGUGGAAGAAAUUCUAAACCUGUACACACUCAUAGACUUAUCAAGUAACAUGUUUUAUGGAGAAAUUCCUAUUUCCAUUGGAAUCCUUGGUUUUCUUCGGCAUCUCAAUCUGUCUCAUAACAGGCUAACUGGCCAUAUACCAUCAUCAUUGGGAAAUCUAACAUUGCUUGAAGCGCUAGACAUGUCUUGCAACCAGCUGACGGGGGAAAUUCCAUGGCAACUAUCAAAGCUUGGAUUUCUGGAAGUACUGAACCUCUCCUAUAAUCAUUUAUUGGGAGCAAUACCCCGCAGCUGGCAACUUGAUACAAUUGGCAAUGACUCCUAUUUGGGGAACACAGCAUUGUGCGGGUUUCCAUUGACACUAGAAUGUGGAGCUAAAAACCCACAUGUGCACUCAAAAGACGAGGAGGAGGAGGAGGAUUUUUUUAAUGGAUUUUCUUGGCAGAGCGUGACGAUAGGGUACUGUUGUGCAUUUCCAUUUGGAGUUUGUGUGGGAUAUUUUGGUCUGCGAUAUGGAAAACUCAACUGGUUGCUAAGGAAACUCACAUGAAAGAGAAGGCAUGCCAGAAGAACAAAUUAAUAAUAUUGCAGAUCGAGUGGUACAGGUUAAAAGUGUGGCGUGCAUGCAGAGUUUUACACUCAGAGUUGUGUUUUAUCGCUUUCAGAUUUCACAUUUGUGACCAAUAGAGCUACUCAUGCAGGUUGAAUUGUGCUUUUAUUGUAUUGAUUGGUCGUGGGUACUAUUGUGGUGUGCUAUUUUAAUUAAUAUGCCUUCCCAUGUUCUUUAUUGCGAUGUUUUUAGUAUAGUGCACAGCAAAGUGCAAACUCCAAGACACUUUCUACUUAUUCUAUACUGUACCAUUUCAUUAGGCUGUAAGACUUGCUCUAAAUGUUAGAUAGAAAGCAAUGCAGAA